AUGAUUACAAUGUUAAAACCAUUAACGGAGUUUCAUUGUUUAUGUCAUUUAUUUAAUUGUAUAAAAUCAUUUAAAAUAAUAAACAAAGUUAAAGUGAACACAAAUGCACAAGAUUUUAUUCGAGAUGUAAAACGUGAUUUUCCAACGUGUACAUUUGAAGUUGAAAAUAAUGAUAAAAUUCAUAUUUUUGGACAUUUAACAAAAUUAGGCAAUGUACAAAAUAGUCUUUUAAAAACUAUUGCUGUUUCACAUAAAUCAUUAAAAGAAGAAUUUAAAGGUCUUGAUAAUCGUCAUCUCGAAUUAAUUAAGACAAUAUUGGAAUGUUCAUCUGUUAUUAAUUUAUUGAAAAAAUCUGAUUUAUAUUUAAAACAUGGACGUAGACGAUUUCAAGAAUUACGUGAUAAUUUAACAACAUUAUUCCAAUUACAAGAACGAAAUAACAUGAUUUUAAAUGCAUUAAUUAUUACAUAUGCUGUUUGUGAGCCAUUUGUAUUAAAAGCACAAAAUUUAAAAGAAUUUGUUAGUCGAUUACUAAAAUUACAUAAUUUAGAUAAAUCAUUGAAUCAAAUAAAAGAUAAUAUGCCGUAUAAAAAAUUAUUAUUACAAGAACAAUUAAAAAUUCUGCGUAUCAUUGAACAGAUUUAUUCAAUUUUAUUAGAAUUAGAACUAUCUGGGCAUCCUGAAUAUCAAUUAUGA